GCACAGAGGGACUGCAGCUGUAGCUUGUGCCUGAGAGGGUUACCUAAGGUUUCAUGAGGUUGUGUGUGACGCAGCUAAGCAGUUAACUUGGGCAUCAGUCUGGAGGUUUCCAACCCUCUGAAAGAUGUACGGCCUGUAUUUGGAAGCAGUGAACGAUUACAUUAAUGAAUCCUACGGAGAGGAUGUGUGGAGACUGAUCGAGAACCGAGCAGAGAUACCUCACCUCAAGUUUGUCCGACAUCAGAUGUACAAUGACAACCUGAUCCUGCGGUUGGCGAAAGCGGCCGGAGAGGUUCUGGGAAAGACCCACGAUGAGCUGAUGUACGCCUUCGGGGUCUAUAUGGUCAAGAGGAUUGGAAACUAUGGAUAUGAGCGGAUCUUAAAGGUUUUGGGGAGAAAUGUGCGUGACUUCAUCAACGAGCUGGACAACCUGCACGAGUACUUCCGCUUCUCCUUCCCCAAAGUGCAGCCGCCGAGCUUCUGUGUGGAGGAGGAAUGCGAGACGAGCCUCACACUGCACUACCGCAGCACCCGCAAGGGCUUCACUCAGUUUGUCAAAGGGCAGCUUUCUCAAGUGGGCCGGCAAUUUUACAACACAGAUAUCGAGGUGGAGAUCCUGUCGAAAGAGGAAACUGAGAAAAUGACAUAUGUGGUUUAUAAGAUGAACUUUGACAACGCCGCCUUCAAACACCGCAUGCCCCAGCAGAAGACGGCGCCGGGCUACGAGAAGCUGCCGAUGAAGCGGGGAAUCUUUUUCGACAUGUUCCCCUUCAGCGUCAUCUUCCGCCGCGACAUGACCAUGUACCGCAUCGGAGAUGGCCUCAAAGAAGUCUUCUCAGACCUCCAGGGCAAGAAGGUCAACGAGGAGUUCACUCUGAUCAGACCCAUGCUGGAGUUCAGCUGGGAUAACAUCUACACACAUUUGAACAAUGUGUUCGAGCUGUUGUCUAAAGCGGUGGUGGAGAGCAAGCAGAAAGUCAUCCCCAAACUGAGCAAGGAGGAGCCAGAGGAGAAGGAAGAGAACGAGAAACAAAAGAGGGAAGAAGAAACAGAGGUGAAGGCAGUGGAGGAGAUGAAGGGCUCAGACCAGAAGUACAGCAGCGCUGUCACCCAAUACAACAGCUCCACAAACUCUGGAGGGGAAGAUAUUGAACUGCUGGCGUUCCAGACUGUCACUGGAAAGUGUAGUGAGACCAUCUUUGAGGACAUGCGAGAGCCUCCAAAGAAACCUCUCCACCUGAAGGGCCAGAUGAAGUAUGUCCCCCAGUGGGACUCCCUCAUCUUCCUGGGGACACCCAUCAUAGAGACGGUGGAGGACAUGAUAAAGAUGGGUGUGUAUGUGAAUGAUCUGAACCUGCAUGACUCCAGCAGAGAGCUGAUUUUGGCCGGGACACAACAAUCGGCUGAGCUGCAGCUGGCCCUCGACCAGGAGCAACAAAAAUAUGCUCAGCUGCAGGAAAUCAUCAAGAAGCUGGACGAAGAGAAGAAGAGAGGAGACUCUUUGCUGUACGCCAUGAUCCCUAAAGCUGUGGCCGACCGCCUCAGGAAGGGGAUCACUGCACUGGAAACAUGCCAGGUCUUCCCAGAUGUGACCAUCCUGUUCAGCGACGUGGUCAAGUUUAAUGAGAUCUGCAUCCACAUCACACCCAUGCAGGUAGUGGACAUGCUCAAUGAGAUCUACAUCGUGUUCGACACGCUCAGCGAGAAGCACAACGUCUACAAGGUGGAGACGAUUCGUGAUGCCUACAUGGUGGUGGCAGGUGUUCCCAACAAGACCACCUUCCACGCGCACCAUAUCUGCGACAUGGCCCUGGACAUGCUGAGUUCCAUCGACCACCUUAAAGACCCCUCCACCGGAGAUAACAUACAGAUCAGAGUCGGUAUUCAUUCGGGUAUGGUGGUGGCUGGUGUGGUGGGUCUGAAGAUGCCUCGCUAUUGUCUGUUCGGUGACACAGUGAACACAGCCUCGAGGAUGGAGAGCAAUGGAGUGGGCAUGCAGAUACACAUCAGUCAGACCACCAAAGAUCACCUGGAACAUGAGCCAUAUAUCAUCGAGGAGAGGGGCAAAAUCUUUGUGAAGGGUAAAGGCUACAUGAAGACCUACUGGCUGAAAGGAAAGAAAGAUCUAUCAUUCAAGACCCCGGCAGAGCUGCGCUACAGCAGUGAGCAGAAAGACUCUGAGGACAAGAGCUCUGAUGGUUCCACAAGCAUCAAUGCCAAGCGCAUGGGCUCCAACAUCCACAUCACCAGCAGUGAGGAGCAGGCUGAAGGGAAGCCAAGCCCCAGUGACCUCCCCCUGGACACCCUGCCACAACCAGAUGCCGCUAACGAGCUCCUCGCCAUUUCAGCCGAGCCUCAGGAGAAGGAGAAAGCCAAAAAGACUAAGAACAACAAGGGGGCCAGGCUGGAAGUGCCCCAAGGAAACGCAAUGCCGGAGUCUUUGUCGCCCGCCGACGGCCUGGAGAACCCGGGUCCCUUUCUCAACAUCAAGAGAAACAGCUUCAGGGAGCAGUACGCCAAGCUGCCCACCAACCUGCCCAUGCGCAGCGGUUCCUGCUCCAUUCUGUGAGCAGAUGGUUUGUGUGUGAGAUUACAAGACGGCUUCAACAUGUGACAAGGGUGUGAUCGUGAAAAUAUUGAAAUUUAAUAAGGGGCAAGAUAAAACAGGCAAUUUUCAACUGCAUUCUAACUCGUUUUGAAUGCCAAUGGGUUAAAAGAGAUCAAAGCUUUUAUGACAUUUUUAUUGAAAUAAGACUGUAUGUCAACUUCACCAACACUUUUAAACUUCUUCCACUAAAGUCCACUUUUAUGAAGGUCAAGUUUGUGCAAAAUUUAAGGCUCCAAGUGUUUGAUAAUUGAGUGCCGUUAUCUUGAUUGAAGAUGCACUCAAAGUCAUUGCAUUUAAGUUUACUUUAAAAAGAUAUUAAAUGGAGAAAACCAGCAUAAUGUGCUUGUGUUUCAUUCAUGAAAACAUAUGUCCUGUAUAGAAAUUUGUACAUCAACAUCCUGAGUACUUGGAGCCACCAGGUUUCACAACAGGUUUCACAACAUGCCUUCCUUAUAUCGACUAUUUUAAAGAAAAGGAAGUAGUGUUCACAUGCACAGAGAAACAGAGAACUUUAAAAUGACACGACAGGUACGGGCAGCCAUGACAAUGACUUUAUUUAUGAUUAACUUUAUGCUACUUUACAUUCACGAAGCCUCGCUGUUAAAACAAAUUACAGGAUGUUUUGAGAAAUUAAAUCAAGCAAUUUUGUUACACCGUUUUUAACACAGAAACAGAAAAACAACUUCUAUGGAUGCUUCAUUUAAUUCACAGAGUAGACAUCAUAAAGAGGUUGUAUUUUUAUUUUGUUUAACCUAGGCAUGUGGUAAUUCAGUAGGCAUUUGUCUGGACCUUCACAACAUUGUCUUCAAGGGUUUUGUUUCUACUUUCUGUAUGUAACUGACUGCAUUAGUUUCACUGUAUGAUAGUGUCUAUUUAUAUAAAACUGUAUGUACAGCCA